AAAGCUAUCAGCUUUUACGUAGCGCUGGCUGCAUUUUCCUCCUCAUCUCUUCCUUCCCUCGCACGAACCUCUUCCGCUCUUGUCUUUUCCUUCUCCCCAAACUCAUCUCCGAGAGAGAGAAGAGCGGCGGCCAUGGCUGGACAGGUGAGCGAGAAGGAGCUAGGUGGCGUCCUCAUGCAGGCCAUGCUCGCCCAGAAGAACAUCCGGCCCCAGCGCGACCGCCUCCUGCAGCUCCGGCGCCGGCUGGAGCAGCUUAGUCGUAGCGCCGGCGACGACCAAGCGGACAGGAUCAAGAAGCUCGCCACCGACCUCUUCAAGGUCUACUACAUCGGCAUCGAGGCCGGCGCCCGCAUCCUCGCCACCUGCCUCAAGCUCGCGGCCCAGGGCGGCGCCCGCCUCGCCAUGAACUUCGCCUUCGCCACCAUGCCGGAUGAGCAGCUCCACGACGCGCUUGUUGCGCAGCGGCUCCCGGCGCGCCCCACCACCCAGACCGAGGCCUUCUCCCGCGUGGAGGCGGCCUUCAACGCCGUCAAGGUUCUCCAGGACCACCACGUCCCGCGCUGCAUCGAGCACCUCGUCGGCCAACGCCCACCCACCGUCGGCGAGAGGACCAAGACCGACCCCUCGGACAAGGCCCAGGCCGCCGCUACCCCCGUGGACCUGGAAAAGGCGCGCGACUACCUCGACCGGGCCAUCACCCUCGCCGACCUCGCCGUCAAGCACAUCGACCUCGCCGUCGUCGUCAUCUCCAGGUUCAUGGACCCCAAGAAGGUCGCCAGCCUCUCCGAGUUCACCGACAGCGUCGCCUACAUCUCCGAGGACGGCCCCUAUCCAGCAUCAGACUGAGUGAUCCACCUGAUCGAGGCUGUGAAACGAUGAAGGGGGUGGGAUCCCUUGCAUUGUUCAUCCAAGCCGACCGCACAUUUACUUCGCUUUCUAGUUUGUAACGCUAUAAUUCAGAAGCUAAUUUGAUUUCUGGACCUCCGUGGUUGUCUUAGCUUGAUUACGAGUAAACCUAAUGUAAUCGUUACCUGCAUCUAUCUGUGUGGACAAUAGAAUCGCAGCAGCCCAUGUCUGAACUGAAA